AUGAUCUCAUUGAAAACUCAGGGCCGAAUUAACCUGCCUAAAGUCACAUCAGAACCACCACACUGUACAACUCCAGGAAGCGACGUCUGCAUUGUGUUUGAUGGGGACGCCGUCCCUAGCACAACAGGAAUGGAGCUGUGCAAUGAGGCGGUGUGGGUCACACCACUAUUAACAUUGGGCUUGGAAUCAGGCCGCAGCCUCGCCGCGCCCGCCACCUCCGGACCACGGACCCCCCGCAAAGUGAGCGAGCUUCCAGCCUCCAUGAAAACGUGCAAGCAGGACCCAAGCGUUCUGCACACCGAGGAAAUGCGCUUCCUGAGGAAGUGGGUGGAGAGCCGCAGCGGUGAGAGGCCCGCGUACCGCAAAAAGAAAAAAGAAAAAAAGAAGGUGGAGGAAAACAUAAAGACAGAUGAACCAUCAAGUGAGGAAAGUGAUCUAGAAAUUGACAAUGAAGGUGUGACUGAACCAGACACUGAUGCCCCUCAAGAAAUGGGAGAUAAAAGUGUAGAGAUAACUGAGGAGAUGAUGGAUCAGGCAAAUGAUAAAGUAGCUGCCACUGAUGCCCUAAAUGAUGGUGAACUACAGAAAGCCAUUGACUUGUUCACAGAUGCCAUCAAGCUAAAUCCUCGUUUGGCCAUUCUGUAUGGCAAAAGAGCAAGUGUCUUCAUCAAAUUACACAAGCCAAACGCUGCCAUCCGAGACUGUGACAGAGCUAUUGAAAUAAAUCCUGAUUCAGCUCAGCCAUACAAGUGGCGAGCGAAAGCACACAGACUUUGGGGCCAUAGGGAAGAAGCUGCCCAUGAUCUAGCCCUUGCCUGUAAGCCGAAUUAUGAUGAAGAUGCUAGUGCAAUGCUGAAAGAAGUUCAACCCAGGGCCCAGAAAAUUGCUGAACAUGGGAAAAAGUAUGAGCAAAAACGUGAAGAACGAGAGAUCAAAGAAACAGAAAGGGUCAAGAAGGCUUGGGAAGAACAUGCGAGAGCCCAGAGGGAGGAAGAAGCCAGAUGACAAUCAGGGGCUCAGUACGGCUCUUUUCCGGGUGGCUUUCCAGGCAGAAUGCCUGGAAUGGGAGGGGGCAUGCCUGGAAUGGCAGGAAUGCCUGGGCUCAAUGAAAUUCUUAGUGAUCCAGAAGUUCUCGCAGCCAUGCAGAAUCCAGAAGUUAUGGUGGCCUUCCAGGAUGUGGCUCAGAACCCGGCAAACGAAAAAUACCAGAGCAACUCAAAGGGUAUGAAUCUCAUCCAUAAAUUGUCGGCCAAAUUUGGAGGUCAAACAUAA